CCUCUCUCUCUCGCUUCCAUUUUGCACUCGCAUGUGUCCGCUGUUAGUUUACAGGUCAGUGAGGAGCUUUAAAUACGUUCUUCUCUUCACUGUUUUCUUCGAUCCGACGGCAAGAGAUGAAAGAGAUAACUAUGAAUCAGGAAAAACUUGCUAAGCUACAGGCACAAGUCCGCAUCGGUGGAAAGGGAACUGCUCGUAGAAAGAAGAAGGUUGUACACAGAACGUCGAGUGCAGACGACAAGAAACUCCAGUUCUCCUUAAAGAAACUCGGCGUCAACAAUAUCUCCGGUAUUGAAGAGGUUAAUAUGUUUACAAAUCAAGGGACAGUGAUCCACUUCAACAAUCCCAAAGUGCAGGCCUCCCUCGCAGCCAACACCUUCACCAUAACCGGCCACGCCGAGACCAAGCAGCUAACCGAGAUGCUGCCAGGCAUUCUGAACCAGCUGGGAGCCGACAGCCUGACGAGCCUCAGGAGACUCGCCGAGGCGUUGCCCAAACAGGCCAUAGAUGGAAAAGCUCCAAUUGCAGCAGUAGAAGAGGAAGAUGACGAUGUUCCAGAUCUGGUGGAGAAUUUUGAUGAAGCCUCGAAGGAUGAGGCUAACUAAAGGAAAUGGGACUGACGCGUCAAAACUUGACAGGACCAUGUGGGCCACAAGAUGGUUCUUCGUCAACUUAGAAAUUGCAGAAACUUGCAACAAACUCAAAGUACCCGAGAAGACGAAUACUCAUUCAAUCACAUUUUGGCUGUGACCAUCUUCUAAUAUCUGUGACAUCUAGACGAAGUAUUUGCACAUCAGUGAUUUAACUCAUUUUCUGUACAACUCUUGUACUAAUAAUUAGGGAAGCCGCUUUAUUAUUAAGUAGGGUGUUCAUUCCAGCACGUUUGUCACCAGGCUCUGCAAAUGCUCUUUGUGCUCUGUAUGACUAGUUAGGGAGUGUGCAAAAUGUGUUUAUUGCUACUGUUGUGCAUCUGUUGCCAUGUUACUGAACCCAAGACCUUGUGGCCUCGCUGAACCCACCGUAUCUGGAAUAAACCUUUGCUACUGUUAA